GUGAUGCGCCGCAAAGACUUCAAAAUAGCAAUCGAGGAAAAUCAAAAGGGGACGACGGCAUCAAAUGCCACGGACUAGCUGUUACCAAUGCGGGAGAUUUAAAAAAAAAAUAAAAACGGAAGAAGAAGGGCCCCGGAAACUGGUAGAGCGCCGGAGUCCCGGGUCCUUAGCAAAUGUCGACAUCGCCGCAGCCGCCAAGCCGCCAGGGCGAUAAGCGGCCCGCCGUCUUCUCCGCACGCACCUCCACCGAGCUGUAUACCAUCUCUUACCUCAUCCUCUUCUCCCUGCUGGGUACUCUGGCCCGCCUUGGUCUCCAGGCCUUAACCACCUAUCCGGGCUCCCCGGUCUUGUUCCCGUCGGUUUGGCCAAACCUCGGCGGCAGCUUCGUGAUUGGGUUUCUGGCCGAGGACCGCUCGCUGUUCCGCGCUCGCCGCCAGGAGCAGGAGGAGCAGGAUCAUCAAAAAUACAAAAAGACCAUCCCUCUCUACAUUGGGUUGGCGACCGGGUUUUGCGGCUCAUUUACAUCCUUUUCCUCCUUCAUCAGGGAUGUCGUCCUCACGCUGACCAAUGACCUCGGCCCGGACCCGGCCAUUUCGGGACCAGCCCCAAGGAAUGGAGGGUUCUCUUUCAUGGCGUUCCUUGCUGUGAUCAUCGUCACCGUUUCACUGUCCCUGUGUGCCCUCGUUGCAGGCGCACACUUUGCCCUCGCCCUGCAACCGCUGCUGCCGUCCGUCAUGGGCAGCGAGAGGCUACGAAAGGCUAUGGACCUGUCGGUCAUCAUCCUCGGCUGGGGCUGCUGGAUCGCGGCGUGCCUGGUCGCCGGCUUUGCUCCGUCCGAGGUGUGGCGCGGCCAAGUGCUGUUCGCGCUCGUCUUUGCCCCGCUCGGCUGUCUUGCACGCUUCUACCUCUCGCUCGCUCUGAACGGCAAGCUGACGCCGUCGUUUCCGGUAGGCACCUUCACUGUCAACGUCGUCGGGACGGUGGUGCUGGCCGUCUGCUGGGACAUUGCGCACGCGGGGGCCGGUGGAAUCAUCGGCUGUCAGGUCCUCCAGGGUCUCGAAGAUGGGUUCUGUGGCUGUCUGACGACGGUGUCGACGUGGGUGGCGGAGCUCGUCGGCCUGGCUGCGAAACGUCGUCGGGAUGCUUACAUCUAUGGUGCAACUAGUGUGGUGGCGGCUUUGGCUGUUGGGAUAGCCAUAAUGGGAGGGUUCAGGUGGUCUCAUGACAGUCUUCCAGAGUUGUUAUGUGUUAUACAUUGAGAAGUCCGCGGGGUUCCGAGACUCUGUGAUGCUGUGUACAGUGCUGUGUCACGGCAAUGUGAACAAUGCCGCGGUUGAUCGUACCCCUUUCCUACCGCUUUGAUGCCAGUUGUACUGACAUGAAAGUCAACCAUUCUGCGCCUGUAUAAGUUCCUACCGGCCGCCAACAACCAUGCUGCACCAGGGGUUGAUUGGGGUUCGACCCCGGGCCUUGUUAGAGUAAAACCCCCAUCCGGGAGUUUUCGUAAGCUGGAGCCUUCGGGAAACCUGUGAGAUUUUUGCUCUUUUUGUCAGCCCUCUUUGGAAAGCAUCAUAUUUGACCAGAAAACCUCUAGUCUUAUGCACGCUUCCGUUCUGCGUACAAAUUUUGUUAUCCUGUAGAGGACGAAAGGGAAACCAACUUGGCCUCAAACGACCAAAUCACUGUUAUUUUGGGUGCGUGUGUUCAUUUUAGGCAGCGUGACGACCUAGAUCGCGUAAGCAGCAGCAGGUUCGAAAUUUGAUGAUGUUUUGCCUGACUAGACUAGUUCUAGUAAUAGUCGGCUUAACAUCCCGC